AUGGUCGGCGGCUUGUGCGCUCGCAGGUUGGCCCGCCGGUCUCGGUCCGCCCUGAUCGCAGCCCUCACGGUGCUGCUGGUGCAGACGCUGAUCGUGUGGAACUUCAGCACCCUCGACUCCGGCGAGGAGAGAGAAAACGGGGGCUCCAACGUGCGGGAGAAGAGGGACCGGGUCGCGGGCAACAAAGCCGCUGGCAGCGACUAUUUCCAUCAGCAGCAGCAGCACGGGGUCCAGCAGCGGCGGCAGCAGCAUCUUCCUCCGCCGGGGAGGGGGACGUCUCGCCACAUACAGCAGCCGGAUGGAUAUUACUCCCACCGGCCGAAGGAGAAAGGUAGAGUCGACAGCAACAAUGAGAACUCAGUGCCCAAAGACUUUGAGAACAUAGACAAUAGUAACUUCGGUGCUCGCUCGCAGCCGCACCGGCAGUCUGUCAGGGCCACCAGCAGUAAGCAGCAGCGUGAUCACCUGCAGGAGAAGGCCCACGCCCAGCAGCAGGCAUGGAGGGACAACUCCCCGAGUCUGGGCCGCAGCUCAAACGAGGUUCUGCCUGUAGGCCACCAGCUGACGGUGGGCAACAAUGCCUCCUAUCUGGGCGUUCACGACACAGGACCGCGGCAGCAUUACCGGGCAUCGCAGGCCCAGCAGGCCCAGUCACAGCACAGACACCAGCACCCACACAGGAGGCAGGCGACGGCGGCAACGCUGGAGGUGACCUACGACCAGCCACCCAAGUGCGAGAUCAGCGGGAAGGAAGCCAUUUCGGCUCUGUCGAGAGCCAAGAGCAAGGAGUGUCGGCAACAGAUCGCCGAGGUGUACUGCAGACACAAGGAGGGCCAAUUAAUGCCAGAGAAGGUCACUCGCUACUGCCCCCUCGAGGGUAAAGCCUACGUAAACAUCCAGUGGGACGAGGACUCUGCUGAGAGCUUUCCAACAAAACCAGUGAGAAUAGCGUUCGUCCUGGUGGUACACGGUCGAGCCUCUCGCCAGUUUAAUCGCCUCUUCAAAGCCAUCUACCACAUCUCCCACUACUACUACAUACACGUUGAUCAGCGCUCUAACUACCUGCACAGGCAGGUGCAGGCCUUGGCUUCCCAGUAUACCAACGUGAGGGUGACUCCCUGGCGAAUGGCCACCAUCUGGGGUGGAGCCAGUUUGCUCACCAUGUAUCUCCGCAGCAUGACUGACCUGCUGGCCAUGAGGGACUGGAGCUGGGAUUUCUUCAUCAAUCUCAGUGCCGCCGACUACCCAAUCAGGACCAAUAACCAGCUGGUGGCCUUCCUGUCCAAAUACAGAGACAUGAACUUCAUUAAGUCCCACGGCAGGGACAAUGCUAGGUUUAUCCGUAAGCAGGGUCUGGAUCGCCUGUUCUUUGAGUGCGACACCCACAUGUGGAGGCUGGGCGACCGCAAAAUACCAGAAGGCAUCUCUGUGGAUGGCGGAUCCGACUGGUUCCUCCUCAACCGCAUGUUCGUGGAAUAUGUAAUCAACUCCAAGGACGAUCUGGUCACCAACAUGAAGCGCUUCUACGCCUACACUCUGCUGCCUGCCGAGUCGUUCUUCCACACAGUGCUGGAGAACAGCGCCCACUGUGAGAGCAUGGUGGAUAACAAUCUGCGCAUCACCAACUGGAACCGUAAACUGGGCUGUAAAUGCCAGUACAAGCACAUCGUGGACUGGUGCGGAUGCUCUCCUAAUGACUUCAAGCCUGCAGACUUCCACCGCUUCCAGCAAACAGUGCGGCCCACCUUCUUUGCCAGGAAGUUUGAAGCCAGUGUGAACCAGGAGAUAGUGAACCAGCUGGAUGCCUACCUGUUUGGACCUUUUCCCCAGGGAACGACAGCACUAAACUCCUACUGGGAGAACGUGUACGACGAGCCAGAUGGCGUGGCCAGCCUGUCGGACACACAGCUCACAUACUACCACUCCUUCUCGCGCCUGGGCCUGGCCAGGGCUGCCGCCUCGCUGCAGGGGAACCCAAAGGAUCACAGCUGCAGGUACUUCCCCAUGGGCCACCCAGUGUCAGUGCACCUCUACUUCCAGGCAGACCAGUUCCAAGGCUACCUGGUCAAGCACCAUGCCACCAACCUGGCAACGAGCAAGCUGGAGACCAUGGAGACCUGGGUGGCACCCAAGAAGAACUUCAAGCUAACAACCCCUCUGACCAGCACGUUCAGCAGGUUGCAGUUCGCAGAGAUCGGCACAGAGUGGGAUGCCAAAGAGCGUAUGUUCAGAAACUUCGGCGGCCUGAUGGGACCCAUGGACGAGACAGUGGGAAUGCAGAAGUGGACCAAAGGGCCCAACGUCACCGUCACGGUCGUGUGGAUCGACCCCACCAACGUCAUCGCGGCCACCUACGACAUUCUGAUCGAUGCCAGCGCCGAGUACACCCACUACCGCCCGCCGCUCAACCAGCCUCUGCGACCAGGCGUGUGGAGCGUCCGCAUCCUGCAUCACUGGAGCCCCGUGGCUGAGAUGCGCUUCCUCAUCGCCCCGUUGACGUACAACAGGCACCAGCCCAUACGACAAGAGGAUACCCUGAAGCUCCACAACGGGCCAGCAAAGAACAGCUACAUGGAGCAGAGUUUCCAUGGCCUCAACCCGGUGCUCAACAUCCCUAUCAGCCUGGGUUACGUGGAGCAGGCCAAGAGGAACGCAGCCCUGACCGGCCCAGAGCUCGAGCACUGGUUAGACGGCCUGGUGGGCGAACUGUGGGAGGCAGCCGACGUCUGCGCCGUGGGCCCAACCGCCUGUCCGGUCAUGCAGGCCUGCCCCAAGAACCCGUGGAGCUCCCUGAGCCCAGACCCCAAGUCCCAGCUGGGAGUGUCGCGGGCCGACGGCCGGAUCAGGUAGCAGCGAGGCCUCCAGCUGGACAGGAGGCCGUGACACUGUUUAUUUUUAUUUAUUCGAGGGCUUUCUUUCAGGUUGGUGGGAGGAGGAGUGAGUGGUCUGCAUCUGUCUGGGGAGAAGACGGAAACAAAAGAGAAAGUGGAUUCUUUCUUCUUUUUUUUUCUUUUUUUCGGGGACGUUGGUGAGGGCGCCUGGACAGAAAGCGAGGAGGAAUGGUUUUCAUAUCCUCCCACAGGAGGGGGGGUUAUGCUGGCUUUGCUAUUUCAGUUUUCUCAGUGUAUUUAUUUUCCUUCUCAUGGCUGAGUUUUACUGUGAUCAAACGUUGCAAUUUUUGAGCAUUUAUUUUGCUGCUGAAUGAAUUAUGAAGUCAGCUUUUAACGCCCCGCACAGGGCACAGCGGUCAUGUGAGUGUGGAUUGUCGACAAUGCUGGCGGACCUGGUUCUGCUGCAAUAAGGCCUUAGCUGUAAGACAUAUGUGAGGAAGUAGCCAGGUACUGAAUGAAAUGUGCCUCAUUACGGUUUCUGUCAACAUCAACUAAAUAUGACAAUAUCUGAGUAUUCAGACACCCCCAGAAAAGACAAGUAUUUUGAUACGACUCAAAUGUAGUGCCGUUAAUGAAGAAAACUUUGAACAACAACAGCAAAAAAAACAACAACAAAAAAAAAAAAACGUUUUAACAUGAUUAAAAGUCGAUUACUUCAGACCUCUGAGUUCCUAGAUAGUCCAGUGGCAUUUGUAAAUCAGUAGAAUAAAUCACAGCUUACUUCAAUUCAGUGCCUGAUCAGGUUGUGGAAGUGUUGUGACUGACGAUCUGCAGCAGUCGCAAAAUGGAAAAAGAGGAAUGCAAAUACAAAGGCCUUCUCCGAAUAAUUGGAUUACUGGAGCAAUUUGGAUUUUAAUAGAAACUCAAUGUAGACGUUUUUCUGUUAAAAAUUUACUAAAUUCAUAAAAUGCUUCUUUUAUGGUUGUUAUACAAUAGUAUUUUAAGAUUUAACAUUCACAUAGUGUAGAUUUCUUGAAUAACAUCCUCAUGUUGUGACAGGUAGAGGACAAAGAGAGAACUGUUUUGUCCCUAUUGGAUUUUUUUGUUUGUUUUUUUUUUUUUUCUUUUGCCAACCUGCCUCAAACUUGAAACAAAAUCAUCUCAAGCUGACCUUAAAAUUCUUGUCCUUGUUUUUAAUGUCACUUUUAUUUUUUCUUUAUUCCAGUCAUGUCAACGACUCUUUAUGUUGUACAUAAUUCUACAAGAAGUCUCAAAAAUUGUGUGAAUGAAGAGGGGUGAGUUCAUGAGUCGCUAUUUAUUUAUAAGUUUAUAUUAAUACUGAUAUUUUUAGUCAGUGACUAAAUGACUGCGACGCUGCCUUGGCAGCAUGAUAAAUAUUUUUUUGUAAAGAAAGCCGCCUUUAUUUACAAAGGCCACCACCCCAAACUUAUACUGUACCUUUUUAUGGCCCGCACCUGUGUGUUAGUCAGUGUUGUCCUGUCUGAAUAGAUCUUCCUGUCUUGUUUUUUUUUACACGGCUGUUUGCCAAGUGCAUCACAAGAGAAGGCCACCUUGACCUGUGGGGUCGGAGGUCAGCUACCAAACAACCUCACCAAACAGAGAAGGUGAACAAAAAAAAAAAAAAAAGUCUUCACAAGCAAACACACUGGACAACGUCUGGAUCGAAGGAGAAACUGUGCUUCGUGGUGUUUUUACGGUUCCUGUCAGUUUCAGAAUGAUAGUGAGUGGUAGUUAUCUUCCUGCUGUGACAAUACUGUACAAUUUCAAGUGAAUAUUAUAUUGUAUCUUGACUGCAAAAUGCAUAAUUUAUUAGAUCGGGUCUAUGGCACCUUUUCAAUCCUAUUUACAUUACUUGCUCUGCCAUCAAGACAAUCUCUGAACAUUUGAGACGAGUUAAUUACACCAAGGGUAGCUCUGCACCGCGACACAUCCUGAACAAGAGGUACGGUCACAUAUUUGUUUUAUCUUGAAAUAAGUUUCAUCUGCAGCCAAUUAGGUUUUCAAUCUGUGAUUGUCAACAUUGUUUAGCCAUCACAUGAGCUAAAUGAGUGUUUUUGCAUAGGCUAAUUAAAAGACAUUACUGUUCAUUAAUGUCAAGUUCACCUUGCCUCUCUGUCAGAUGUGUGUAUUAUAAUUGCUAUCUCUCCUUCCCUUCUCAAAUCCAAAUCCACAUCGUUACUGGGGUUAGGUUGCAAAGGACAACUUUGUUUUCCACUGGUCGGCUUCUGCUGCCAUCUUUUAACUUAUAUCGCCACCGUGCUCUGAACAAUUACUUCACACAAUACAUACUAUAAUGUAAACGCAAUGACACUUUUGGAAAAAGGUGAAUUAAUUAAAUGUAACUAAAUGUGAAAGUCCUAUUUUGUAACAAAAUGAUUAACAAAUGAAGAAGAUGUAUAUAGGUAUUUUGUAUUGAAAUAUUGUUUAAAAGGUAUUGUACAUGUAAAUACAAAUGUGGUUAAAAAUGACAUUGAAUUAUUAAGAGUUUUUUGAAGUGUCACUACCUGGGCACAAAUGAAUUGAUGGUGUUUAUUGAUCAAAGUACAUAACCUGUUUCAGUGUUUUGGACAGCUGUAACAACAACCUUGUCCUAUUUGCCUCUCAGAGAAAAAUCACAUGCCAGAUUGUUGUUGUUCUUGCUGGAAUGUAUUGUUGCGCAACUGUUGCACAAAUUUCUCUGACUGACGUUUCCCCCGUUCUUUUGUUCCGGGGAGGCUCUGUGUGCCUUAGCUGACUUUUAGAACCUUCUCUGUCCAUUAAAAGAAAAAAAUAUAUAUAUUUUGUUGUUUGUUUUGACCUUAUGUGAAGAACGCCAUGAGUCUGUCAAGUGAUUCACUGGUACUGCAACACCAAAAUGAUGUUUGCUGUUGUAUAUAUCAUCAGGCCUUCUGUCGUUAUCAGCUUUUUAUUAUUUUUUAUUUUUUUCUUCCCUUUGGGAGAGUUUUGUUGUACUUGACUGGCUUGUUUUACUUUUCUCUGACUGCUUUUUGGAAAUAAAAUUCAAUGGAAAAACA